AUGGUUUUCGGCCAGAAGAAAACACGUUCUUCUCGUGCAUCGCAGCAUGCUGCUGCGAACCCCAAACACGAUAGCCGCCCCCACCCGUCACACACGCCCUCGCACUCCUCAUCGCAAAGCAACUCGAUGGCCGAGAGAGGCUCCGGCCGUCAUCUGCCGCGCGACCGCGACCAACACCACGACAUCGACUCACGAUGGAAAGAGCACAUGAACGAUUAUAUCGACGGGGUGCUCCUUUCCUCCCGCCUUACCGACGCUCAGAAAUUUGACGCGCUCAAACUUGCGUACGACAUCUUCGCCUCUCGUAUCGACAAAGGGCAACAAUAA